AUACAGCGAAAAGAUCCAGUUCUCGCCAUUUCAUCCCAUUCGUGUAGAUGUUUCUUGUAGGAAGGUGGAGCGCGGCGCUCUUGGCCUCGCUCUGAGUUUCGCUUCUUCUUCAACGUCUCGUUCCUUGGAAUUUGUAAUUCUCAGCAAUUCGUCAUUUUCUCCGCUCAAAUUCUGCUUGACCGAUAGGGUUUCUUGAUUUCUCAGUUUACUCCGAAGGGAUUCACCGUCGUAUGUACGGUUUCGGAGAUCAAUGAUAUAAAUCUUUUCGUGGGGUUUCCGUAGGCUCAUACUGCUGGAAGAUGUCCAAUAACCCUCAAUAUCCGGGCUUUCAGCCUCUCCGUCCUCCGAGUGGUGGCCUCAUACGUGCUACUCAAGAAUUUGCUCCAUCGAUGGACUUUCAGUUCCGUCCUACCUUUCUAGUUCCACAAUCAGAGCAGUUUGUGGCAAUGAAUUCUCAGAAUUUUCAGUCUGUUGAUAGAGGUGGUACAUCGAUGAUUUGUGGCUUUUCAUCUCAAUCUCUUCCACCUCAGUCUAUAGCACCAAUGCCCCAAUUAUUUGAAAGAUCCAGCCAAUCAGGUAAUGUGCAACAAGUGGCACGAGGACCACCUGCACUAAUUGCACACUCGAGUGGGCCAAUGGCUUCUAGGAUCUCCUUUCGUCAUCCUGGUGUGCAAACUCCAGCCAACUUUACGCCUGCCUUUGGGGGCCAUGGAACAAUAUCUUCCUCUAUUUCAUUUGCCUCAUCUUAUGCUCGUUCAGAGGGGGCAUUUCUCAUCCAAAAUACGGCGGCUGCUUCUACCAUGUAUCCCACAUUUGAACAGCCUUCGGCUGCUUGUGUACAACCGAAGCCAUCCGAAGAAGCUCUAACAGAUUGGGUGGAGCAUACUUCCACGGAUGGAAGGAGGUACUUUUUCAACAAAAGGACAAAGCAGUCUACUUGGGAGAAGCCUUUUGAGUUGAUGACACAACUUGAGAGAGCAGAUGCAUCAACUAACUGGAAAGAACAUACAAGUCCCGAUGGUAGAAAGUAUUACUAUAACAAGGUUACCAAGCAGUCAACGUGGUCAAUACCUGAGGAAUUAAAGAUCGCUCGUGAACAAUUAGAAAAGGCAUCUGUUCAAGGACCACAGCUGGAAGCUAGCGUGAAUGUUUCUAAGAUGCCAUCUACUUCCAUUAUGGCAUUUAGUGCCGCAUCUGUUCUUUCAAGCCAAGUUUCGCUUAUGCCAUCAACUUCUAUUUCCAAUGAGAAACCUGUGGCCUCUUCUGAGCUGGCAGCUUCAGCUUGUGGAAGUUCUUCUCUGAUAGAAAAUGCAGAUGAAAUUCAGUUGAACGCAGAUAGCAGCACGUCACAACUGCUUGAUAACACAGCAACUGCUGGUGCUUCUGCCGCCGAGACAAAAUCUAUUGCAGAAAUUGUUGACAAGGAUAAGAUCUCUACUGAGAAUUUUAGAGCUUCAGAUGGGCCAUCAGCAGAUGAUGUGAAGCAAGACUGUAGGUCUGAGCCCAAAGGAAGCGAGAAAAAUACAAUGGACGGUGAAAAUAUUGAUAGUCAAUUUGAAGGGGAGCGAAUCCAGAAAGAGCUUGUUUCUUAUGCCAACAAAUUGGAAGUUACUGAUGCCUUUAAAUCACUUUUGGAAUCUGCAAAUGUUGGAUCUGACUGGACAUGGGAACAGGCAAUGAGAGUAAUAAUUACUGACAAAAGAUAUGGUGCUUUGAGGACUCUUGGAGAACGAAAGCAGGCUUUCAAUGAGUUCUUAAUUCAAAAGAAAAUAGAGGAAGCUGAAGAACGGCGGGUCAAACAGAAUAAAAAAUGCGAAGAAUUCAAAAAGAUGUUAGAAGAAUGCAUGGAGCUCACUCCGUCUACUCGAUGGAGCAAAGCUGUAAAUAUGUUUGAAGGCGAUGAGCGUUUCAAAGCACUUGACAGAGAAAAGGAUCGGCGCGAUAUUUUUGAAGAUCAUAUCGAUGAGAUGAAGGAAAAGGAGCGCGUAAAAGCACUUGAGGAGCGCAAGCGGAACAUAAUUGAAUACCGGAACUUUUUGGAAUAUUGCGAUUUCAUUAAGCCAAAUAGUCAGUGGCGCAAAGUUCAGGACCGCUUAGAAGCAGAUGAAAGAUGUCUGCAUCUCGAAAAAAUUGAUCGGAUAGAAAUCUUUCAGGAAUAUUUACGUGAUUUGGAGCGAGAAGAAGAGGAGAGAAAGAAGAUACUGAAGGAGGAGCUGAAAAAGGCAGAGAGGAAGAAUCGGGAUGAGUUCCGUAAGUUGAUAGAUGAACAUAUCUCAACCGGAGUACUUACUGCAAAAAUUAGUUGGCGUGACUAUUUAACAAAGGUCAGAGAUUCACCAGUGUAUUCAGCAAUUGUAUCAAACUCUUCUGGGGCUACUCCAAAAGAUUUAUUUGAAGACGCUGUUGAUGAUUUGCAGAAACAGCACCGAGAGCUCAAAUCCCGGAUAAAACAUUGCUUGAAGCGUGGAAAGAUAACUUUAUCAUCCGCAUCAACAUUUGACGAGUUCAAGGUCUCAGUUUCAGAGGAAAUUAGCUUUCCUGUAUCAGAUGUUAAUCUGAAGUUAGUUUUUGAUGAUUUGCUUGAGAGGGUGAAAGAAAAGGAAGGGAAGGAAGCUAAGAAAUGUAAACGUCUUGCUGAAGACUUGGUGGAUAUUCUUCGUUCUUUCAAGGAUAUAACUGCAUCGUCAUCCUGGGAAGACUGUAAACAUCUUGUUGAAGGUAGUCAAGAGUGCAGGUCCGUAGGAGAUGAGGACUUCCGGAGGCAGACAUUCGAGGAUUAUGUGUCACACCUGAAAGAGCGAGCGACAGAAAUCAAACGGAGAGAAGAGGAAAAGGUAAAGGAGGCUGUGAGAGAAGACAAAAAGAAGGCAAAACACAGAAGAGAUGACAGUAAAGAUGGCCAUGAGGAAGCUUCAGUUGAUGAUUAUGACAAUCAUGAUUUGGUUGAAGGCCAUGGGAAAGAGGGUAGAAGAUCGGCAAGAGGCAGUGGUAAUAGACAUCGAGACCGACAUGGUAAUUUUAAGGAAAACGAGACAAGCCGCAAGAAUGGAACCCAUAAAAAUGGUGGUAGUCACGACAAAUCUAGACAAAGGCGGCAGACAUCCACACCAGAAGCGGAGGGUGAAAGCAGGGAAAAACGACGCAGAAAGGACGAAGAAAAUGGCGAAAAGAGGCGUAAAAAGGACGACGACAAAAAUGGUAUGGAAGGAAACUGUGAGGAGGAGGAGCUCGAAGAUGGAGAGUGUGGUCGAUAUUGAGAAACUUACCACCCCCUCCCUCCUAUGAGAGGAUACAAGGUUCGAAACUUGCAGAAAAUUCUGGUCACUUUUGAGAUGGAGAGUGCAAGCACAAUAGCCACUCCUCCCGGAACCCAUUCUAAACCUAAACCUCAAGCUCUAACAAAGGAUCAAGAAUGUUUAGAAGGGCGAAUGUAGUAAGGAUUGUCAUGUAUGCAAUGAUCGGGUCAAGACCACAUUUGGUGAAGCCGAUGGUUGUUAUCAUUGGUUAGCGGUUAAGUGAAUGUUCAUGAAUGGGGCAACAGAUCCGAAACUAAAGUUCAAUAGAGAAUCUUAUAUGACGUUGUGAUUCUGAUUAUGCAGUUGAUUUGGAUAAAAACAA